GGAUUUGAGUCAUAAUCAUUUAUUGUCAUCCAACUGGAGCAUUGAUAUGUCUGUUCAUACCCUACAAGAAGUGAAAAUGAAUUACAACGAGCUAAGUGAAAUCCCAUAUUUUGGAGAAACAACUUCCAAUAUAACUCUUCUCUCAUUGGUACACAAUACCAUUCCAGAAAUAAAUGCUGAGCAGCUCCAGCUCUACCUUUCAUUGGAAAAUCUAGAUCUUAGUUCUAAUCUUAUCUCCGAAAUUAAAGCCUCUUCUUUUCCACGGAUGCAACUCAAGUACCUGAAUCUGAGUAACAACAGGAUAACUACCCUAGAAGCAGGGUGCCUUGAUAAUUUAUCUAGCUCACUGAUGGUGGUAAAGCUCAACAGGAAUAGGAUUAGUGUGAUUCCACCAAAGAUCUUCAAGUUGCCUCACGUGCAGUUUCUGGAACUGAAAAGGAACCGGAUUAAAGUAGUGGAAAGUCUUACAUUCCAAGGACUGGAAUCCUUAAAAUCCUUGAAAAUGCAGCGCAAUGGGAUUAGCAAACUAAUGGAUGGAGCUUUCUUUGGCCUGGGUAAUAUAGAGGAAUUAGAACUGGAACAUAAUAACUUAACAGAAGUAAACAAGGGUUGGCUGUAUGGACUGAGGACAUUGCAGCAACUCUAUGUGAGCCAAAAUGCCAUCACCAGGAUCAGCCCAGAUGCAUGGGAGUUCUGCCAAAGACUUGCUGAGCUAGACUUGUCCUACAACCAGCUCACUCGCCUCAAGGAAUCUGCUUUUGUGGGACUUGGCUUGUUGGAGAAACUGAACCUGGGUGACAAUCGCAUUAGUCACAUUGCUGAUGGUGUCUUCAGAGGGCUGACAAAUCUUCAAACCUUGGACUUGCGGAACAACGAGAUCUCCUGGGCCAUAGAAGAUGCAAAUGAAGCAUUUGUGGGACUCAGCAGGCUGGAUAAGCUAAUCUUGCAAGGAAACCAGAUUAAGUCAAUUACCAAAAAGGCAUUCUCUGGUCUCGAAGGACUUGAACACCUAGAUUUGAGCAACAAUGCAGUAAUGUCCAUCCAGGAAAAUGCCUUUGCCCAGACUCAGCUGAAGGAGCUGAUUUUGAACACCAGCAGUUUGCUCUGUGACUGCCAGUUGAAGUGGCUGCCCCAGUGGCUCACUGAGAGCUACUUGCAGCAGGCUGUAAAUGUUAGCUGUGCUCACCCUGAGUGGUUAGCAGGACAAAGCCUCCUCAGUGUGGACCCCGAUGACUUCGUCUGUGACAACUUCCCAAAACCACAGAUCAGAGUGCACCCAGAGACCACAGUGGCUCUGCGAGGCAUGAACGUGACCCUGAGGUGCACUGCAGUGAGCAGCAGUGACUCUCCCAUGUCCACAGCCUGGCGCAAGGACAGCGAAGUCCUGUAUGAUGCAGAGGUGGAGAACUUUGCCAGGUACCAGCAGCAGAGUGCUGAGGUGCUGGAAUACACCACUGUGCUGCACCUCUUCAAUGUCAACUUCACUGAUGAAGGGAAGUAUCAGUGCAUUGUCACCAAUCACUUCGGCUCCAACUAUUCCAACAAAGCCAAGCUGACUGUCAAUGAGCUCCCUUCUUUCCUGAAAACCCCCAUGGAUCUCACCAUCCGCACCGGGGCCAUGGCCAGGCUGGAGUGUGCUGCUGAGGGCCACCCCACCCCACAGAUCUCCUGGCAGAAAGAUGGUGGCACAGACUUCCCUGCUGCAAGAGAGAGGAGGAUGCAUGUCAUGCCUGAGGAUGAUGUGUUCUUCAUUGCAAACGUGAAGAUGGAAGACAUGGGCAUCUAUAGCUGCAUGGCCCAGAACAUCGCGGGGGGACUCUCAGCCAACGCCACCCUGACUGUGUUGGAAACUCCCUCCUUCGUGAGGCCUCUGGAAGACAGGACAGUGACCCGUGGUGAAACUGCUGUCCUGCAGUGCAUAGCUGGUGGCAGCCCUGCCCCUCGCCUCAACUGGACCAAGGAUGAUGGUCCUCUGACCGUCACCGAGCGACACUUCUUCGCCGCGGCUAAUCAGCUCCUCAUCAUCGUGGACGCUGGGCUGGAGGAUGCUGGGAAGUACACCUGCAUCAUGUCCAACACCCUGGGCACAGAGCGUGGCCAUAUUUACCUGAAUGUCCUGGCAUCCCCCAACUGUGAUUCUUCCCAGAGUGGCAUUGCCCACGAGGAGGAUGGCUGGACCACAGUGGGGAUCGUGAUCAUCGUCGUGGUGUGCUGCGUGGUGGGGACGUCCCUGGUGUGGGUUAUUGUCAUCUACCACAUGAGGAGGAAGAGUGAGGAUUACAGCAUCACCAACACAGAGGAGAUGAACCUACCUGCUGACAUUCCCAGCUAUCUGUCCUCCCAAGGAACACUGUCAGAGCCUCAGGAAGGCUACAGCAACUCGGAGGCAGGGAGCCAUCAGCAGCUGAUGCCUCCAGCUGGCAGCUUCGUGCACAAAGGCACAGAUGGUGGGGCAGCCCCACUAGUGAUCUGCUCAGACUGUUACGACAACGCAAACAUCUACACCCGGAGCCGAGAGUACUGUCCCUACGCCUACAUCUCCGAGGAGGAUCCCCUGGAUCAAACACUCCCAAAUCUCAUGGUGCAGAUGCCCAAGGAAGCAUACACAGCACGUACCCAGCAUGAAGCCAGUGCUCUGGAUAAUCUCUUAGCAGACAGAGACAUGCCUGUCUUCCUUAGCAGCCACGACAAAAUAAGUGAGGAGAAAAUCUCCUCCCAGCAGAUUAAUGAGCCCUUUCAGCUUCCCCUGUGGGGAGUCAGCAAGGACGUGGCAC